UUUAUUUUACAGUCAUGGCGGCUUCGAGUUCGGGCUCAGGGCAGCGGCGAUCGGUUGGUACUGUGGGGCAAGAGGAGCUGCGGCGGUUAAUGCGAGCAAAACAGCGCGAGUCGGCUGCGGGGAAAAGGAAAAUUGACUCGCCCUACGUCAGAUAUAAUAAUUUGGGGAAUUUAAGUUGCUCUCUGUGCAAUGUGUCAGUGAAGAAUGAACUGUUGUGGCAAACGCAUGCUCUUGGAAAGCAGCACAAGGAGAGACUAGAAUCAUUAAAAGAUAUUAAAUAUUCUACAUCCAGACCAUUUUCUGACACUUCAUCUUCUCUCAAAAGAAAAAUGUCAGAGACAAAAUCUCCAGAACAGAAGAAAGGAAAAGAUUGUAGUGACCAUCCACAAACUGCUUCUUCUGAGCUGCCAAAAGAUUUUUUUGGCAAAAUUGAGCAAACAGUAGUAGAAACAAUAUUUACAAAAGGUUCAAGUGGUGUAUUACUAGGAAACGAUGAAACAGAUGCAGGGAAGAUAGAAGAAAUGGCAAAAGAAAUCAGAGAGAGCAACAUCAAAACUCCAUUGCCAACCACAGCUCACUGUGGAUCAACUCCGGGCCUUGUUCCAAAAGCAGAACUUGUAGCCUGUUUAUCAUCAGACUAUUUGGACAACAGCACUUCAGCUACUUCUCUGCUGCCCCAUUCAGGAUCUGUACAGAAGACAGAAUCACAAGAAAAACUUGUUCAAAGAAGAGAAAACACUGCAGAGGCCUUACCAGAGGGAUUUUUUGAUGAUCCAGAAGUGGAUGCAAAGGUGCGCAAGGUUGACACUCCAAAGGAUCAGAUGGACAAAGAAUGGGAGGAAUUCCAGAAAGCCAUGAGACAAAUCAAUACAAUUUCAGAAGCUAUAGUGGCUGAAGAAGAUGAAGAAGGGCGACUUGACCGUCAGAUUGGAGAAAUUGAUGAGCAGAUAGAAUGUUUCCGUCGUGUCGAACAACUGCGUGACCGCCAGGAAAUAAUGAAGGAUAAAUUAAAGGAAACUAUGAGUCAAAGAGUCACACAGACUAAAGAAGAUGAUAUUGGUAGUGAUGAUGAAGGUGAAUUACAGGACUUGCUCUCUCAGGACUGGAGAGCAAAAGGAACGAUAUUGUAGCUGCCUGAGAAGAGAGAAUUAAUUUUUUAAUUAUGACAUUGUUCUUUUAUCAUGUACUAGCAUUUUGCAUAUGUAUGUAUGUAUGUAUAUGAAGUCCUGUAGGUGUUAAAAUCUUCUGUUGUACAUUAUAUAAUCUUUUUAUAAAAAUAAUUGUAGCUCUUCUGGAAACAAACAGACCUUUUAUUUGAGCCAGUGUGUGCCAGCAGUAGCUUUUUAAUAUGCAUUAAAAUGUGCUUUCUUUGAAGAUAGGUUAGCAUAAAAGCAAGCACUUUCCAAUUGGAACUGUUUUGUAGUUUUAAACAGAAACUCAAUUGUUUUUAUUUCCUGCACCUAACAUAUGCCAUAGUUGUGACCUCCAUACUAUAUUGGAAACUUAUAUUAAGUGUUCCUGAGAUUCAGAAAUAAUGUGCUAUUAACUAGGGACAUCUGUUGACUAAAAAUAUAAGUCUAAAUCCACUGGCUCACAGAAAUCAGAGUUUUCAAACUCACUGAAGUUUCCUAGUCUUGCAUUUUUGUAGCCUUACAUUUAUUAAUUGCUCAUUGAUGCAGGCAUUCAUUAGCAAAUUUAGGUGGAUGCUUACUAAUGUAUAAUCCUGGGAAAGGAUGCCCCACUAAGUAAACAGCAUGAGUUUUCCAAUUGAAUGUGUUCCUUUCACAGAAGGAAGAAUUUUGCUUCUUUCCUCCUGCAUUCAGCCAUGAGCACACUUCCUAAAGAAUAUUGAAUGAUGCUCAAUAGGAAAGGAGGAGACUUAGAGCUCUUUAUAAACAUCUCUAAAUUGAUCCAAAUACUAGGAAUGAAGUUUCUGGGCUAAGCUGGAUUAAACUGGCAGUAAAUGAAUGGUUAAGACAACCAAGGACAAUAUUUGAAAAUAUGGAUUGUCAUCCAAAGACAUGUUGGCUGUUGGAAAAUGUUGAUGGUUUUUCUUUGAACAGCAAGUUCCCAUGCUAUACUUAGUGGAGUUUGAUGUUUCCUCAGCUUCAGAGACAAUUUGAUAAUGUGGCCCUGUAGCCUAAAAUGUCUAAAUCCCCCUUGCUUCAUUUAACUGCCAUAUACAGUGGGGCAAAAAAGUAUUUAGUCAGCCACCAAUUGUGCAA